AUGCUGAAGACGGCCUCCGCUUGCCUCCUUGCCCUCUUGGCGCCAGCGACUGCUGAGGAGGCAUGCCUCCUGCAGACGGCCCAGAAAGGGAGGCCUUGGCCCGACCAGUGGUGGAAGAUGGACCCUCCUGCAAAAGAGGUGAAGGAUUUCUGCGGCGCCCAGAUUCCUUCGGAGCUGAACUUCGGAGACUUCAGCAAUGGUGACAUCGUCACUCCUUCCACGAAUGUCCCGGACGUAGACGUGACCAUCAGCUCUGAGGUCCUCACUCCCAACCCCACCUGUUCUGGGCCCAUGGUGAUCAGCAACACCUCCAAGUUCUUGCCUUCCAUUGACAAAGACCUGCAGCAGUGCAACGGUCAGUUCCCAGACAGGGACGGCUGCCUGCUGCUCACCUACUCCAAGGACCCGCCACGAAAUGGUGUGAUCAGGAAGGUGAACAAAUGUGGCGACCAGAACACCCAGAACGGCGUCAUUGUGGGGCCGGCGCUGAGGAUCAACUUCGAGUUCCGCAGGCCCCAGAAGAUCAUCGCGAUCAAGCUCUGGGAUUUGGAGGAGCCCAGCUACGUCAGCGUCUUCGGGCCGAAGCCAAACAAUUUCAUCAAGAGGAUUGACGCCAAGUUCGGGGCACAGCAGAACGGCAACCCCGAGGUGCUCCCGAUCCAGGAAGACGAGGUGAAGAAGAUCAGCGUCUUCUUCGGAGGCAAAACUUGUUUGGUAGAGCCGGGUGGAGCAUCGGUGUCCCAUCCCAAGAAGGGCGGCGACGUGGAUUGGCAGCUCUUUUCACACUAUGGUGGCCCUCUGUGGACAGCCCAAGGCCUGCUGCUGGUGGACCACUCCAUGGGACGCUUCCGGCAGGCCCUGGAGCUGACGUCCAAGGACUGCACGUGGCGCAGCCGCACCGGAGAUAAGGACUGGGCGGCUCUGAAGGCGAAGGGCCAGCACAGCAUCUCCCUGCUGGAAGAUGAAGAGUUCGUCACGGGCUUUGAGUACAUCAGCUCACGCAAGAUCGUGCUGCGCAAGAAGGCCAACACCAAGCAUGGUGUGAAGGACGUCCUGGUGCUGAACGCCAUCUGCAAGCCCAGCGGCAUCAACCUCCGCGUGACUUUGCAGGACUCCACUGCUGGAGAUUUCAUGAAGGGUCAGAUCGAGUAUGGCAAUGGCAGGAGGCACAAGACGUACCAGCACAGGGAGGGCUGGGCCAAGGUGGGCGGCAGGCAGGAAAGCGCCACCUAUCUGGACAGCCUCGAGUCAACGAAGCUGGGCAACACCAACGCCCUGAUUAGCAAGGCGUGCGAUGAGCAAGCAGAGGCCAAGGCCCACAAGAUCUGUGCCAAGCACCUCGGAGAGCACUUCGGCACGGCCAAGGGCUUGUCAGCAAGCAUCUUUGGAGACUGCAUCUCGGAUGUCUGCCGGGGCGGCGAGGAGUUUGCCGUGGCUGCGAAGGAGCUGGUAAGCUUGAACUAA